CAGGCGGAAAAGCAUCGCCACUGGGCGCCAGCCGAGCAUGGAGACCCCUCCCAUAGCCCCCCCUCAACCUUUCCGACAAUCCAGUUUUCUUGGCCGAAGGCUGAAGGGGUCUAUAAAACGAGCGAAGAGUCAGCCCAAGCUGGACCGCACCAGCAGCUUCCGCCAAAUGAUCCUCCCACGAUUCCGCAGUGCUGAUCAGGACAGGACUCGUCUGAUGCAGAGCUUCAAAGAGUCACAUUCCCAUGAAUCCCUGCUGUCUCCCAGUAGUGCGGCCGAAGCACUGGACCUCACGCUGGACGAGGACGCCAUCAUCAAACCGGUUCACUCCAGCAUUUUAGGGCAGGAGUACUGCUUUGAGGUGACGACUGCUUCGGGAACAAAGUGUUUCGCCUGUCGGUCGGCUGCAGAAAGAGACAAAUGGAUCGAGAAUUUACAGAGAGCUGUGAAGCCCAACAAAGACAACAGCCGGAGGGUGGACAACGUCUUGAAGCUCUGGAUCAUCGAGGCCCGGGAGCUGCCGCCCAAAAAACGCUACUACUGUGAACUGUGUUUGGACGACAUGCUGUACGCACGCACCACCAGCAAACCCCGCACCGACACUGUCUUCUGGGGUGAGCACUUCGAGUUCAACAACCUCCCGGCUGUCCGCAACCUCCGGCUUCAUCUCUACAAAGAGACGGACAAGAAAAGACGCAAGGAGAAAAGCACAUAUCUAGGACUGGUCAGCAUCCCCAUAUCCAGCAUCACCGGUCGACAGUUUGUAGAGCAAUGGUACCCCGUGAUUCAGCCCAGUGUCCUGGCCAAAGGCGGGGGUGUAGGAGGGGGUAAAAUCAUCAACGCCUCUUUGCGACUCAAGUCUCGCUACCAGACCAUGAGCAUCCUGCCAAUGGAACUGUACAAAGAGUUUGCCGAGUACGUCACCAACAACUACCGGACGCUGUGUGCCGUCUUAGAGCCUCUACUGAGUGUCAAAAGCAAAGAGGAGGUAGCCUGUGCACUGGUGCACAUCCUACAAAGCACAGGGAAGGCAAAGGACUUUCUUUCAGACAUGGCGAUGUGUGAGGUAGACCGAUUCAUUGACCGAGAGCAUCUUAUCUUCCGUGAGAACACCUUAGCCACCAAAGCUAUAGAAGAGUACCUCAAACUCAUCGGACAUAAGUACCUCAAGGAUGCUUUAGGUGACUUCAUCCGAGCGCUGUAUGAGUCAGAGGAGAACUGUGAGGUUGAUCCCAUGAGGACUCCACCUUCCGUUCUACUGGACCAUCAGGCGAAUCUACGCAUGUGUUGUGAGCUUGCUCUCUGCAAAAUCGUCAACUCACAUUGCGUUUUUCCACGUGAGCUGAAGGAGGUCUUUGCGUCUUGGCGAGUACGCUGUGCGGAGAGGGGGAGGGAGGACAUAGCUGACCGCCUGAUCAGUGGCUCGCUCUUCCUGCGCUUCCUUUGUCCAGCCGUCAUGUCCCCAUCGCUGUUCAACCUCACCCAGGAAUACCCGGACGAGCAGACUUCACGCACGCUCACCCUCAUAGCCAAAGUGCUGCAGAACCUCGCUAACUUCUCCAAGUUUGGCAGUAAAGAGGAGUAUAUGUGCUUCAUGAAUGAGUUCUUAGAGAUGGAGUGGGGCUCCAUGCAGCAGUUCCUGUAUGAGAUCUCCAAUCUAGACAGCAUAAGCAAUGCCGGGGCUUUUGAGGGAUACAUUGACCUGGGAAGAGAGCUUUCUGUCCUGCACAGCCUCCUGUGGGAGGUCAUGGCUCAACUCAGUAAGGAUGCCAUUAUCAAGCUCGGACCAUUACCCCGCCUCCUGAAUGACAUCAGCAUGGCCCUUCGCAAUCCUCAUCUCCAAAGGCAGCCCAGUCACCAGACAGACAGACAGCCUCCGGAAAGACAGACAGACCGGUUACUCUCUCGACCCAGCUUCAACAGGGGAAUAUCCUCCGAGUUUCAGAACCUCAUGAUGAGGGACCUUAACAGUUCCAUAGAUAUCACUCGCUUACCUUCCCCAACCUCUGCCAUGCCCAGUGGUGUCGUUCCUCCAUCGCGAGCUGGAAUGGGUGCUUACGUUGAUCGGGAUCAUCCGCAUCGGGCCUCUUCUAAAGAUGUUUUCUAUGUCACCCGUCCCCCGCUGGCCCGGUCCAGUCCUGCGUACUGUACGAGCAGCUCCGAUAUCACCGACCCAGACCCAAAGGUUCUGUCCGUUAAUGAACGUAUUUCUAUGAUGGACCUCCAGGACUCAAGAAUGAACAGCGUCUCUAACCUGCAGUCUGUGGGGGACAUGCUCAACUCUCCCCAGGCCUCACUUGCCGGGUUCGGUGGCCUUGGUGGUGCUGGAGGAGGCCUCGGAGGUCAGCUGCGUGCCGGUGGAGGGCGGAUGUCAGCCGGUUCGGGUGGCUCCAGUGUGUCCGGCGGCCUGCGACUAAGCCAGCUGAGCCAGAUGGGGACCACUACCGACUCGCUGUCCCAGCAGCAGCAGCAGCAGGCCGCGGCUCUACGUUACCCGCUCUCCUUCCAGAACCCUCUCUUCCACAUGGCUGCCGACGGUCCUCAAGUCCAGCGCCAGCACAGUCGUGCUCAGGUGCCUCCACCCCUCUUGCUGGCUCCGGAGCCAGACUCCUCCCACCCAGCAUACUUGCCGCAGUUCGCCCGCGGCGCCUUCUCCCGCAGCGAAGACCUCUCCACACUCAGACCCGGACCACACCUCGGCCAGCCCAGCAUCGUCCACUCCCACAGCUACAGUGACGAAUACAGCCGGGGAGACUACGCCCGACGGCAACUCUCUAUGCACAUGCAGGAAAACCUCCAGCAGCAGCAGAUGAUGGGCAUGGCCUCACAGACGGGCACGUCUCAUUCCUCGCUCGCCUCGCCUCCCACCACUGUCCAGCCUGUCCGUCAGAGCUCCAUGGCUCCGCCUCCCACACAGCGCAUGAAGUCUCAAACCUCCCAUCAGCUUUCUGUGAGCUCGGCUGCCGUUGCCACACCCCCUAGCAAGACGAGACCUCCGAGCGGAAAUCUGCUCCAGUCUCCUGAGUCGGGUUUCGGGGGGAGGCAGCCGGGUCCACGGCAGCAGCUCUCCGUCAAGGAUAACACCGCCCCCGGCCUUCCUCAUCAGCACAGCUCCACCCGCGAGAGCCAGGGAUCUCAGGGUUCUCAAGGGGGAACACCACAGUCGACGCAGCAGUCGCACAAGGAGCGGCAACACUCACAGCAGCACUUACUCAAGCCUUCCAUCAGCAAACAGGGCUCAUCUCCCAACACUUUGAACCCUCCCACCCCUGCCUCAGAAAGGACAGUCGCCUGGGUGUCGAACAUGCCACACCUUUCCGCUGACAUCGAGAGCUCACGCAUCGAGAGAGAAGAAUUUAAGCUGAAGGAGUAUUCAAAAAGCAUGGACGAGUCACGUUUAGACCGGGUACGGGAGUACGAGGAGGAGAUCCAUUCUCUGAAGGAGCGUCUGAUGAUGUCCCACCGCAAGCUGGAGGAGUACGAGCGGAGGCUAGUCACUCAGGAGCAACAGACCAACAAGAUCCUGCUGCAGUACCAGAGCCGGCUGGAGGACAGCGAGAGGAGGCUGAGGCAACAGCAGAUGGAGAAGGACUCCCAGAUUAAAGGAAUAAUCGACAGACUCAUGGCGGUGGAGGACGAGCUGAGGGUAGGGGUAGCACCAGAGCACAAAGCCAGGAUGUUUGCAGAUCAGGGGAGGCGGCAAUCCAUCCUAGUGCAGCCCCGUCUCGCGCCCGUCCCUCCUCGAAUGCACAGGUAAUGAAGCAGCUGAGUGUGAGCCACCCAUCACCACCCACCCUACAAACCAACCAACCAACCAUGACCUGUGUGUGUGUGUGUGUGUGUGUGUGUGUGGUGUGUGCUGCAUUCGUCCCCACACACCGGUGAACAUUCACAAAAAUAAUUAUAAAAAGUUCACACUUUAAGGACAGUCAUUAUCAUUCAAUAACUCCGCAAAAGAGCAAUACCUCUACUGCAAUUUUUUUUCCAUUAAUGUCUAAUUUAUUAUUUUUAUGCAAUCCGACGGCCUUUAUUUGAUUUUACAGUUAUAAAUGAUAUUUUCUGUACAAAUCCUAAUAAGAAAACUCCAACAUCCACACUGAACACUCACAUCUCCCAUUCCAUCCCAUGCAGCUGUCGCCUUCCGGGUCAAGACCACUGUUUUUAAAUGUUUUUUCCUCAUUUGUGAGGUGCAUUCCUGUCAUUAUUGUCAAAAUGGCAUGCACUUAUGCUCUUGUUCUCUUUUUCUUAUGGACGACACAUGCCACACACCCCACACCCACACCCACUUCACACUCACUCAUAUCUAAUAACAUACAUGUCAGUGGUGGAAAGAGUGCAAAAAAAUUACACAAUGUAUACACUGUAUAGUAUAUAUUGUUAAUUUUAAGCUAACUAUACGGAUAUCUUGGUCAAGUGGUCGAGAAUGGUGUAAUUGUAAAAAGGGACGGCGUUUAAAGAUCUUACAUUGAUUGUUGUGUGAGAGAAUAGCUGACUGGCUCGCUGAAAUUCACAGCAUAACGACUCUAUUUUCCUGACCAUCGGUAUAGAAAGUAGCCUGGUCAAGAGUGGUGUAAUUGUAAAAAGUGGAAGAGGUAAAACAAAUAUAUUAAAUGGUCUGGUUAAGGGAUAUGCAAUCAAAUCAACUCAAUUGGAUUUAAUAUUGAUUUUACAUAACUGGCUGGCUCACCACUUUUACUGUACAGUAUCAGGCCCCUAUUUUCCUGCUCAUCAACACAGGCGAUAAUCUGGUUAAGAGUAAUUCGUAAAAACGGGUGGAGUUAGACUAAAUAUAAAGAUGUUACAUUGAUUGUUUAGUGGUAGAAUAACUGGCUGGCUCACUGAUUAUUCACAGCAUAUUAUUCACAGCUCACCUUAUUCACAGCAUUAGGGCUAUUUUUUUCCUGACCAUCAGUACAAAGGGUAAUCGAGAGCGGUAAGAACAUAUAUAUUAAAUAGUCUGCUUAAGGGAAAUGCAAUAAAAUCAACAACUCUAAAUUAGUGACGAUUGAAUAUAACAUUGAAUUUGUUUAACUGGCUGGAUCGCCACUUUUACUGUACAGAAACAGGCCCAUAUUUGCCAGCCCAUCAGCGGAGAUGAUAAUCUGGCUGAGAAUAAUUUGUAAAGAUUUUGUGGAGUCAGACUAAAUAUAAAGAUGCUACAAUGAUUCUUUAGUGGUAGAAAAAACUGUCUGGCUCGCCAAAUUAAGAUAGUCGGCCAUAUUGUCUUGAACUUUAGUGCAGAUGGUAACCUGAUCAAGAGCAAGGUAAUUGGAAAAAGAGGUGGACUAAAUAUAAAGGAUGUUUGGUGGUGGAGAUAACUGGCUGGCUCACCUGAUUUACAUUUUAAGGGCCCUAUCGUUUUACCAGUACAGACCAUAACCUGGUCUGGCAGAGUUAGAUGAAAUAUGUUAUAUUAAUGUUAUAUUAAUUGUAAAAACAUUGAUUGUGGUAAAAAAAAAAAAAAACAACAACAACCUAAUAAUAAUAACUGUCUGGCUCACUUAUUUUUGUGAGCAUCAACACAUGCGAUAACCUGGCAAAGUGUGGUGUAAUAAAAGGGGCGGAGUUUGAAUAAAUAUAUUGUCAGCUCUUCUAAUUCCAUUUAAAAUGGACAGACUCAGUGCAGUGACAAUUGGAUUUAAUUUGAACAUUUUGCUUAUUGGUAGAAAUAACUGGCUGGCUCGCCAAAUCUACAUUGUAAGGCUAUUUUGUGGCAGUUUAUUGAACUGCACUGAUUCGCAUUUAUUAGCGAUAUGUUAUUUUUUUAAAGAUAAAAUAAUUGAGUCAGUCUUAUUUAGUUAGUCUCUGGGUGGAGGAGUAUUUAUGUUGAAGGGGGUUUUAGUUUUCCAUUAGAUCCCUGAGUGUUUUUCUGCUGCUUUCUAUUAUUCCCAGUUGUCCAUGUGCCUUUAUUCUGGUUUUUGGUACCGUCUCCGCCCAUACUCUUUCAUUGAUUGGUUACCCGAUUGUGCUGACCUGUUCUGUGUUCAGCCGGGUGUUACUGCUUUCUUCCUUUAAAAAAAAAAUGUAAUUAUGGAUCCCCCUUCUUUGAUGCUGCCUGCUGUGACUGGAAUUGAAUGGACUGUACAAAAGUGCAAA